AUGAUCCGUUCUGCCGUCGCUAUUGUUGCCUUACUGAGCAUCGCCUCUGUUGUUGGAUUCACCUUCAACGAUUUACCUGCUGAGCUUAAAAAUAUGUUUCCCGACCAGAUCAGAAGCUUCUUCAGUGGUCUUUCCGAAAGCGACAGGGCAACUAUCAGAGAAGUGGCUAAGAGCUUCACCAGUACCGCACAAGCCAUAUCGGCAAUAAAAGCGAAAUCGCCCAAACUUGGUGGCGAAUUUGAAAAGUACUACGAAAUGGGUAAGAAGAAGGUCGACGCUCUUGAACCGAACGCUCGCAGUUUCAUAAAAAAUCUCUACCAAGGUGUUCUCAAGAUAUACUCAGAUGCAGUACAAGGCCACAAGCUCACCGGCCCUCAGUUGAAAGAAGUAGUGCAGGAGAUUCUCAAUAAAUACAACGCUCUGCCAGAACCGGCUAAAGCUGAUAUUCAGAAACAGUUCCCAACUCUCAGUGGCGUACUCAAAGAUAAGGAAUUGCCCAACAAGGUUGCAAAGGUCAACAUCGCCAAUUAG